CGGAAGCGGAAGCGGGGCCGCGGCGAUCAUGGUGCCGCUGGGGCGGGGAAGGAGCGGCCGCCGGCAGCCGGUGAGCCGCUGCGGCCGGAGCUGCCGGUAGCGCGGCGAGAGGCGCGGAGCCAUGGGCGAGAACAGCCCCGAGGGCGACGCCAUCUACUAUGAAGCGGAGGAAGAGGACUUGGCCCAGGAUGAAAACAUGAUGAGGUUCGCCGACAAAAACGGGCUGGUGUCCUCCUCGUCCGGCACGGUGUAUGACAGGACAACUGUGCUCAUCGAGCAGGACCACAGCGUGCUGGAGGAUGAGGAGGAUGAAGGACAGUGCGGUGACCACUUGCCUUUCCUGCCCGAGGGCCACGAAGAAGGAUUUCAUUUAAUCGCAGACCAUGAAGGGAUGUCGCAGGGUUACGUGCAACACAUCAUUUCUCCAGAUCAGAUUCACCUGACAAUAAAUCCCGGCUCAACUCCCAUGCCAAGGAACAUCGAGGGAGCAACUCUCACUCUGCAGUCAGAGUGCCCAGAGACCAAGAGGAAGGAGGUGAAGCGCUACCAGUGCACCUUUGAGGGCUGUCCCCGCACCUACAGCACCGCUGGCAACCUGCGCACGCACCAGAAAACGCACCGGGGGGAGUACACCUUCGUGUGCAACCAGGAGGGCUGUGGCAAGGCCUUCCUCACCUCCUACAGCCUCAAAAUCCACGUCCGGGUGCACACCAAGGAGAAGCCCUUUGAGUGCGACGUGCAGGGCUGUGAGAAGGCAUUCAACACACUGUACAGGUUGAAAGCACAUCAAAGGCUUCACACAGGGAAAACAUUUAACUGUGAAUCAGAAGGCUGCAGCAAAUACUUCACAACGCACAGUGACCUGAGGAAGCACAUCCGAACCCACACAGGAGAAAAGCCAUUUCGGUGUGAGCAUGAUGGCUGUGGGAAGGCUUUUGCUGCAAGCCACCACCUCAAAACACAUGUUAGAACACAUACUGGGGAGAAACCCUUCUUCUGUCCCAGCAAUGGUUGUGAGAAGACUUUCAGUACCCAGUACAGUCUCAAGAGUCACAUGAAAGGUCAUGAGAAGGGACAUUCCUAUAAUGCACUUCCCAAUAACAAUGUGUCUGAGGAUACAAGUCACUCACUUUGUCUGAGUGAUUUAAGCCUCAUAUCAACAGAUUCAGAAUUGCGGGAGAACUCUAACCCAACACAUGGACAGGACCUCAGCACAAUCUCACCAGCAAGCAUCUUUGAGUCUAUGUUUCAGAGCCCAGACCACACUGCAAAUCAGGAUGAGUCUCAGCAGACAGCAGCUUCCUUGAUGGAAGGGUUUAACGGCGACGCAGACUCGGUGGCUGCGGUCCCGCCCCCGGCAGGAGACGCGGCCUCGUUGUCCCUCCCCCUGGUCCUGCAGCUCGGCCUCCCUGAGCCGGCCCAGGCAGCGCUGCAAGCCUCGGCAGCCCCCGCUGCUCCCUCCUCCAUAGCGCCCGGCUCACAGCCAGCUGCGUUUGGGAAUCCUGCAACUGUUUUACAAUCCCCAGAAGUGCCUGUUCCUCACAGCACACCGUUUGCAGCCAGUCACCAAGACUUCCUGCAGCACGGCCAGCCUCCGCCGCAGCCCAUUGUUCAGGGACUGUCAGUGGUUGCUGGGGCUCCUGCCCCGACAGCCCCGAGUGCCACCGAGCCCCUGCCAGCUGUAGUCCAGACUGUGCCUGUUGGUGCAAACCCUGUUUUGACCAGUAACCCCACUAUAACCAUUACUCCUUCUCCAAGCACCGCCAUUCUGCAGCCCAGCAUUGUCAUGGGAGAGCAGAAUUUGCAAUGGAUCUUAAAUGGUGCCACUGGUUCCCCACAAAGCCAAGAACAAAUGCCACAAGUUCCAAAAGUAGUAGAAAAGGUGUUUUUUACCACUGCAUUACCAGUAGCUGGUAACACAGGAAACCCUGUUCAGCAGAUUGGUCUCAGUGUUCCUGUUAUCAUUAUAAAGCAGGAGGAGGCCUGCCAGUGCCAGUGUGCCUGCCGAGACUCUGCCAAGGACAAAGCCACCUCCACCGUGAAGAAGGAAUGUUCCUCACCUGAAUCAAAAGCUUUGGAGCAGCCAGCUUCCCAGCUGCAGCCUCAGACCUUUCCUUCCUCCUCUGCUCCUCCUUCCUGUGGGCAGAGCAGUCAGAUAGUUAACCCUUCAGACUCCCAGACUGAAACAUUAAGUGCCAUGGAUGUAUCGGACUUCCUGUCCCUCCAAAGCCCUGAAACCCCGUCUAAUAUAAUUCCAAUUGAAGCACUACUGCAGGGUGAGGAAGAAAUUGGUUUGAAUAGCAGCUUCUCUAAGUGAAGAUGUUCCAGAUUUUCCUUUGCACCUGGAGGGUAAAACCCUUCUCCUUAGAAGCAGAAACUGAAGGAUCGAUUCUUAUUCCUUCCUCUUUGGAAGUUUUGUGGCUUAUUUCUGCUUCACGGAUGUCAUCUUAGUCACGUCCCAGGUACAUCCACCUUUCAGAUUCUAUCUAAAAAAAGAAAAGGUAAAAAAAAAAAAGAAAUAGCUAAGUUAUAUAUGAACUGUUUUGGCUGCACUGUCUGUCACUUUUGCUUGUCAUAUGUGAACACAGAAGUUAAGGUUACUGGUGUGCAAAAAGAUUUUUAAAAGGAAAAGGGGGGUUACUUUGUCUCCAAUUGCACCUCACUUAUGUUUGGGAUUAAGGUACUGGCAGCAAGUGGGUCUUUGUUACAACUUCUUGGGUCUCUAAUCUUCUGUCUGUCAUGUCUCUACUAACCAUGCACUAAAGGGGAGCCCAGGAAAGGAGGCUGUGGGGAGGAAAUGGCAUAGCUGGGGGAGAGCAUUUAUCUGCAGUGUGAUUUGAAUGCGAUUGUCACAUACCUGAUGAGGAGCUGGUGCCUGGUUUUGCUGUGUACUGAUGCUACUAAAGCCUCCCGGAGCUUUGGGGGAGUUUAUUUCAGAAUAGAUCUGUUAAUUUAAUUCCACUAGGACUCGAGUGUGUUGCAGACACUGUGUCACAACAUGGAAGCACAGUUGGAGCCCUGCUGGCUCUGGCUCCAGUCUGUUUUCUUGGCCUCUCCGAAGGGUGCAGUGAGUGCCAGGUGUGGUCAGGUUGGUGCCUGCUGCUCUUUUGAUUUCUUAGGCUCUGUUCAGCAACAAGUCAUCAUCCUAACCCUGGGACUGUUGAUUCAGGAGCACGGUGCCUUUGCUGGUUACUCUCAUCUUUUGUGAAGAACAACCCUUAAGAAAAUUUUGAGAAAGAUUCAACAUAAAUUCAGUUGGAAUUCAGUGAGUCUGUCCUUCAGUUGUCCAUACAUGCUUCUUUUUUUUCCAGUGAGCUAUAUAAUUUCUGCCUGACUCUGCCUCCAGCCUACUGCAAUGCCAGCUUUUUGUGCACGGGGCUAUUUCUUGACUAAAAGAUGUUACACAACAGAAUAGUUUUUCAUAUCAAACUGAGAGUCUAUAUUCUAACCUACUCAGGGUAAAUCAAAUCCAAACCCCCCCUUCCACCAAAAAGCCUGUAAUGUUGCAAUAAAUGCAGUCUCAUUCUAAAUGGUUUAUUUAUGCUGCAUUAUUUUAAAAUAUGUAAUUUUAUAGUUUUUAUCCAUCUUUCUGGCUUUGGCUGUCAGUUUUCUUGUGUUAAAGGAAAGAAUAUUAAAUAGUCUUUAUUCAGUUUACAGUGUUGUCAUUAGUGAGAUACAAAGAUAAUGACUGUAAGCCAAUUAGUGGGGAGUGUCCCUGCACUCAAUUUAGGAAUACAAACUGUAGUGGAUAGGGAUCUUUCACUCUUUGUGUUUGAUCAGAGCUGCUCUCUGUACCUCUGGGGAGGGGAGAAGCCUGUGAGUGCUGCCUGGUGAUCAGCAGGUGUUUCAUCCUCCUGUGACAUGCUCAGUGACCAGCACUGAGACUGGCUUCAGCCACCUCUGCUGUUCCCCUGAGAAAGCACUGCCCAGGCACGGGUGGAAAGGGGCUGAAGGGAGCUGGCCUUCCCCUCCUGCACAGUUCCUGGUGAAGUGCAGAAGGGAAAGAGCCAUGAGGGCAGAAGGUGUGCCAGGAGCACUCAGUGCCUGGGACACUCUGUGCCAGGGCAGAGAGCUCGGUGCUGGCAGCUGCAGGGAUGAACUCCAGGGCAUCACACAGCUGCUGGUGUUUGCUCUGGGUGUGUGGCAGGGCUGUGAGGUUUGGACAUCCACAAAACAGGUUAACAAAGCAUUUCUUGCUUUGUUCCUGUCAUGGCAAUCCGUGAGGGCAGCGAGGUGGUGGCUCCUUUGCUUUUCUCCUACAGCUUCAUUUUGUGCUGCAGUUGAGUUGUAUGGCAGCAAGAGCUGCUUUGAACACAAAAAACAGUCCCAAGCCUGUGUGGUUGGGACUGUCCUCACGGAGGAGUCCCCUGCCUAGAGCUCCACCUGGGAGGGGAGUGAGUGCUGCCUGGGGGUCCCUCUGGUGCCUCUCACUGUGGCCUCAGGCAUUUUCCUUGGCCAAGUGCAGCUGUGCUGUUUGAGGGUGAGUGGGUGUGGAUGUGUGCCUGUGGGACACUGCUGAUGCAGAGUGUGAAGAUUCCCCAGGAGUUGUGGGGGUUACCUGUGGUGGGGGACAAGGGUCCCAGAUGUGGCCUGCACUGUGACAGCUGGGCAAUUUAGCAACUGCUUCUGAGCCUUCACAGCCUUCAAGGAGGCUUUUUUACUUUAGCUACUUAUGACUUAGUCAACCUAAAACAUGCUCCUGGUUGGACCAGAGAGCAUCUUCAGAAACUCUUUUGUGACUGAAAUGAGUAGAAGAAACUACCAAAGUCUCUGAACUGGGAAGCUCAGUGUGAAGCUGCAGUGAUGGGCACCAGUGCCCAGGGUCAAUCUCUGCUGUUUCUCUUCACAGCUACUGUUUUUUUGUUGUGUUCCAGGAAAAGCAGUAUGUCCUGCUGAUUCUUUGGUGCAUUGGUUUUGCCAUUUCCCUCUUAUACAUGCAUCAGGCAGGCUGCAAUUCAGGUGGAACUGGCUGGAGCUGGUACUGAGCAGGAGCGUGUGAUGCUGUGAGCACACAGGCUGUGCAUCCACUGUGUGUUACAGGUGUGUGCUUUUGUUGUUCAUUGUCUAUCUGCUUUGCAGAGUGUUUGUGCUGUGUGUCUGAGAUGUUUUCACAUUUGCAUCAUCCCCAGUACUGUGUGAUCAGACUGCUCCAGGGCCAUGCUGGGAUGGGAGGAGAUCCAAGGGCAGCUGCAGCAAAGCCCUGAGAUUCUGCAAGGCCAGAGAUUUUCCUGUCCUCUCCUUGCUGCCCCAGCAUUUAGCAUAUUCACUAUUAUAUGGUUAAUGAAAAGGAGAAUUUCUGCCCUGGAUUCCCAGAAAGGGGUUAAUGUGCUGGAGCCUCUGGGAACAGCGUGCCUGCCUCUACAAAGUCUGCAUGAACCCCUUUAAUUAUCAGUCAGAGAGCAAAAGUGCACUGCUGUAGGUCACCUGUUUUGUGCUUGUGGGGGUUUACUUGGUCACUCAUAGUUUCUAGAUGGGUGUAGAAGUUAAAAUUUGUAGAGAGGGUCAAGUCACUGACUUUGGUAGCUUUGGUCACCAAGCAAGGACCCAAGUGAGCAGACUUGGCGUGCAGCUGGAGGUUGGAGAAAUUGCUUUUUGUGCUUGUAGGUGGGGGGUGGGAGGGGUGGGGUGGAAAAUCAGCACUGAUUGAAUGCUGGUACUGAAUCACAUGGAACAAAGUACGAGUUGGACACUUGUGUAAUGCUGGGUGUCCCCAGGAAGACAAGUCCGCAGAACCUCAUACUGGUAUCUAAAAUGCACUUUAGGUUAUUUUAUCUUUAACCCAAUUGCUGCAAUUUCUUUUGUAUAUACUUUCACAAAGUUUAUUUUUGCUCUGAGUAAAAGUUAACAGGGGUGUGCAAAGAUGAGCACUUAACUUGGUGCAAUACCUGUAGCUACAGAUCCUUGUGCCGCGUGGUCCGUGUGUCUGUCUGACAGAACAGGUGUGGUGGGUGCUGUGCUGCCCUUCCCCGUGCCCCAGACAAAUUAUGCAUCGUUAGCAAACGUCCAAUCUAUGCAAAUAACCCUCUGAGAGCACUGUGCUUCAGCAGCCUUUUCUCUCACGCUUUCUGGGGGCUGCUUGUCACUCCUGUUGGACAUGCUGUGUCCCUGGAUGUGUGUCCUUCCCCUGUCCUCGUUCUGUCACCCACGUGGGAACACAAGUGACAAGCUGCUUUCAAACAGGCAUGUUGCACCUUUCAAAUUUGUCUUCAAGAUGGUUUCUGAUGUCCUGUUACUGCCUUAUUUCUUGGGGGUGGCGUGGCUGUGGCCAUCCACGACGUUGUCCUUGAUCUGCAGUGAGCUGUUCCCAGCACUCCUGCUCCGAGGUGAACUGCCUUGGCAUGGGGCUGAGCCCAGGCUGGCUGUCCCUGGGGUGGCUGGACAUGAGCAGCUGCUGCUGCCUUGUUCUGAGGUGAGGCAGCAGGCAGUGGGGCAGAGCAGAGGAGCUCUGGUGUCACAAAAUCCCUUCUACUGCUGGCUGGGGGACACCAGGUGGGGCUCAGAACCUCGGGCUGCCUUGAUCCUCCCCACGGAACCAGGCCAGGGUGUUGUUUCCAUGAAAUGAUUUGAGAUCUGUGGGUGAAAACUUCUUGGCAGGAGUUACCUGAGCUAGCUGGGCAGAACUGUUGGAGUCAGUUUGGACUGUAAGGCAAAAAAGAAGAGCAUGUCUUCAAUAAACCCUAUGAAUUUCUGACUGCAGAGUUUUUAAUUGUAUACUAUUUUUUCCGUAACAUAUUUUGGAAGCAAUGUCAAGUUUUUAUAAAUGUUACCUGUAGUCAAUUCUCAUGGACAGGGCUGAACUUUUAACUUUUUUGUGUCUUGUCUUGAUAUCUAUCACAUGUUCUAGAAGUUGGAUUCUGUGUCUGCACUGAGAAAUGCAAAUUAAACUGGAUAUUUAUGUAGUAGUGUACAUAGUCUAAGUGUGUGUUUUUGGAACUAGGUGAAACCCCACACCAUGCUGCAGUGGUGUGCAAGCUGGCCAAAAUUUGGUUCAUUAUGCAGUGUACACUUCCUCAAAUAAAUGCAGUUUCUACUUUUUUUUAAAGAAAGAUUUUUUUUUCACAUGACCUUUUGCAGCAGACUCGAGGGUGUGUUUGCAGUGCUGUAGUUGCAGUUGCUGGUGUUGCUGGUUUGUGACUCUCUUGUCCUCCCGCUGCUCGGGCUGACCCUGCUCUGUUUUGCCUCACCCAGCCCAAACCCCAGCCUGGCUCCAACCAGGGGCAGCUCCAGCUCCAGCUGAGCUCCUGGGGCUGGGGGGCUGCACUGCCUGGGGCUUUGGAGACAGCUGAACUGAACCCCAGUUUCUCAAGAAUGUGUGUAUGGUAAUAAAGGAAUUUAUUUAACUCUGAAACAGGGGAACAAAUGUGCUUACAUUGAGCAAUGUGAAGAUGUUAGUUACAGGUACAGUACUUCCAAAGGAAGAGCAUCUCCAAAACCCAAAAGAGUAAAUAUGAAUUUGUAUUUUUUGAAGAAUGUGAAAUAAUGGUGUUUGCUUAAUUGCUCAUUUUGUAUGAAGUUAAUAUUGUACUUUGAAAUAUCUGCAAAGAAGUGGAAAUUAACCUUUUUGGAAUUGAAAGCAAUAUUAAUACUAAUGGAAUCCUAAUUAAAUGCUUAUUUAAA